GAGAAGUUCCGAAAGAUUUUACUCUUGGCGGCAGAAAAAACAUGAUAUCAGAUAACAGAAACAUGAAAUCGAGAUCUUUAACAAAAUUUAUGAUUAGAAGAUCAUGGUUUUAUCAAUUAUGAAGUUCAAAAAGAUGUAAUUAGAGAAGAUAUAUCAUAGCUGCAAGAAUAUGGGAGACGUCAGAAUUUUCCACCUUCGUAGAAUUGGUCCACCUAAAACACUGCCAAUAGCUGUGGAUCACAUGGACUUUACCAACUCUGUCAGUAUAAUUGGACGAGGUAGAGAUUCAGGGGUGGAUUUUAUCAUAGAUUCUGCAAAUAGAAACAGGAAGUUGUAUAUAUCCAGGAUACAUGCCAGGGUUGUUAAACAAGAUAACAGACAUAUUCUGUAUGAUGACAGUCGUAAUGGGGUUUUUGUCAACAACUUGAAAAUUGGAGAUAGCACUCAGUUAAAUGAAGGUGACAGAGUAACCUUUGGUCACCAUAAUGGUGAGAGUCUGGCCAUUGGUACAAGACUUCGACAACCUGAUUCAGAAUACCAAUUUAUAUUUGAGAAAUGCAAUUGUGGACUGCAAAACCAAAGGCGACAGACAGCCAUGGGAUCAAGAACUUUGACAAUCAUAGACAGUAUAAACAAUAGUGCUUGUAUGCCAAGAGGGUACAACACUGAAGUGCCAAUGACAACCUCUGUUCAAAGACAAACAAUCAACAACUCUACAAACGUAACACCAGGAAUUAUUUGUAAUAGGCCCUGUCACACAGAAAUGUCUACUGAAGGCAUGUAUGUGGAUAACUCAUUAACUAACAGCAAUUUCACAAGUAACAAUGACCUACCCACCAUUGCUAUGGAUGAAAAUUCACUUAACAACAAUAGUAUUAAUGUAACUGAAGUUAUUUAUGUUAGAGAUGAGGAUAAAAUAGGAACCAGUUCAAUGAAAAAUGACAAUAGCUUUGAGACAGAAACUAGUUUGAGAAAAGACCAGGGUUUGGAAACUGUUUCAUUGAAUGGGAACACCAGUGGUGUGCCUUGCUUGGAGGGUAGAAUUGUUUCUACUGAUAUGUCCUCAGGGGAGGUAAAUCAAAACCAAAUGAUUGGAAAUGAUGAAGAGGCAAACAGAAAGGAACUUGAUAUUUCUAUUGAAUCUAUUCAAGAAAGUAACAAUGGACAAGUUGUGGAAAGUGUGGAAAACUUGAAUAACAAAAGAACUCAAGAUGAUGAUAGUCUUGGAGAAGUUGGUGAUUCGGCUAAUUCUGAAGCUGAACAUAAAAGUCAUCCAGCUAAUUCUGAUGAAAAAAGACAAGGUCAUUCUGCUAAUUUUGAUGAUCAACAUCAAGGUCAAUCUGCUAAUUCUGGCAAAGAAUAUCAAGGUCAAUCUAAUAAUUCUGGUAAAGAAGAACAAGGAAAUUCUGGUAAAGAAGAACAAGGAAAUUCUGGUGAAGAAGCUCAAGAUCAUUCUUCUAAUUCUGUUGAAGAUCACCCAGAUGUAAAUAGCAUUGACCAGAAUAUAGAAUUUGUGGAAGAAAACAGAAAACAUGAAAGUACUGCAGAUGAUGAAGACAAUGAAUAUAAUGACUUGAGUGUAUCAGAAAUGUUUGAUACAAGUUUUGACGAAGAUAAUGAUGAUCUCACCAUUUCUGAGAAUGACAACAAAGGUGAGGAGGAUGGAGAUGACCAAUUAGAAGGUAGCAUUGAUGGAAAGGACAAAAUUGAGAGUGACAUUCCAAUAGAGGAUUCAAAUAAGAAUAAGGAAGUAGCCAACACAGAUGACAAUGGGGAAUUCUCAAUAGUCUACAGCAGUAGUAUAGACUACAGUCUAGUAGACAUCUGUGAGAAUGACGACAGCCAAAAUAAUGACAAAGUAGAAAAUGACGAUGAAAUUGUCAGAUCUGAUGACAACUCUGACCAAGAUGGUGAAGAAGAAAAUGUAGAUGAUGUUGGAAUUGUUGGAGAAAAUACUGAUGAUGAUGAUGAUGUCAGAGAAGUGAAGGGAAUAGAUGAUGUUGAUGGAGAUAUUACCCUUAGAGAUACAAAUAGUGUUGAGAGUUGCAGCAUUGAGUACAAUGAUUUAGACAGGUCUAAUACUGUGGACAGCCAUGCUGACUAUUAUAAUGAAGACAGAUCUAGUGCUGUAGAGACCAACUCUGACAAUUAUGAUGAACCAUCGUUUAUAGAUUUAGAUGUUUCAGAGUUGGAAAGUGAAGAUGAAGACCAUGAGGAAAGUGUAGAAAAAAAACAAGAGGAAAGUGCAGAUGAAAACAAAGAGAUAAGUGUAGAUGAAAACCAAGAGGAAAGUGCAGAUGAAAACCAAGAGAUACGUGAGGAUGAAAACCAAGAGAUAAGUGUAGAUGAAAACCAAAAGAAAAGUGUAGAUGAAAACCAAGAGAUAAGUGCAGAUGAAAACAAAGAGAUAAGUGUAGAUGAAAACCAAGAGGAAAGUGCAGAUGAAAACCAAGAGAUACGUGAAGAUGAAAACCAAGAGAUAAGUGUAGAUGAAAACCAAAAGAAAAGUGUAGAUGAAAACCAAGAGAUAAGUGUAGAUGAUAACCAAGAGAUAAGUGUAGAUGAAAACCAAGAGAAAAUUGUAGAUGAAAACCAAGGAAAAAAUGUAGAUGAAAAUCAAGAGGAAAGUGUGGAUGGAGACCAAGAGGAAAGUGUAGAUGAAGACCAAGAGGAAAGUGUAGAUAAAGACCAAGAGGAAAGUGUAGAUGGAGACCAAGAGGAAAGUGUAGAUAAAGACCAAGAGGAAAGUGUAGAUGGAGACCUUGAGGAAAGUGUAGAUGGAGACCAAGAGGAAAGUGUAGAUAAAGACCAAGAGGAAAGUGUUGAUGGAAACCUUGAGGAAAGUGUAGAUGAAGACCAAGAGGAAAGUGUAGUUAAAGACCAAGAGGAAAGUGUAGAUGAAGACCAAGAGGAAAGUGUAGAUGAAGACCAAGAGGAAAGUGUAGAUGGAGACCUUGAGAAAAGUGUAGAUGGAGACCAAGAGGAAAGUGUAGAUGAAUCUGAGGAGGGUAAAGAGGAUGAAAUAACAGUUCUAAAAAUGAAAAUCAGAGAAGAAGAAGAAGAAACAAGAGAAUCCUCAGUAAAUGAAAACCCUGAAGAUAUUUCAUUUUCAGAAGAAAGUGGACACGAAGGACAUGAAGAAACUGAUGAGGAUAAAGAGGAUGAAAUUACAGUUCUAAAAAUGAAAAUAAGAGAAGAUGAAGAAAGUAAUGUAUCUUCUGUAAAUGAAAGCCCUGAAGACAUUAUAUUUUCAGAAGAAAGUGCUGAUGAUAUAGAAGAUGAUGGAGAUCAUGUUAUUUGUGAUGAAAAGGAGGAUAACAAAUUUGAAGAGAAAGAUGAAGAUAAUGAAAAAUUCGAAAAUGUUGAAGAUGAUAGGAACAUUGAAACUAUUGAAGUUAAUGAAAAUCCAGUAAUACAGGAAAAUGAGGAAAAUCAGAAUAUUUCAGAAGUUCAUGAAAAUCUGGAAGGUUUCAUGGAGGUUGAAAAUCAAGGUUACAACCAAGAAAGAAAUGCCAUGGAUGAAAGUCUAGAUAGUUUUGCAAAUGAUGAGAAUCCAAAAGAUAUUGAAGACAGUGGAAGUAGAGAAAACUUCCAAGACGAUGAUGAUGGAAAUGUUGAAGAGGAGUGUGAUGAUGGUUUAGAAUGUUCGGUGGAUGAUGUCAUUGAAGAAUGUGUCGAAUCCUCUGGAAAUACAGAUGAUGUUGUGGAAGAUUUUCUAACUGUUGAAACAACAAACAGAAAAGAUUAUGAUAGUAUUUCACAAAGUAUUGAACAUGACCAAGAAAUCCUUGAAUAUUAUGAAGUUGAACAAAAUGUUGUGGCUUUUAUUGAAACCCCAAACAGAAAAGAAGAAUGUAUUGAAGAUGAAAAACAAGAGAGUGUAGAUCAUGAAAAGCAAGAAUGUGUUACAAAUGAAAGUUUUAAAGUCCUUGAAAAUCAAGAAAGUCAAGAAAUUGAUAGAACACAAGACAUUAUUGAAGUUAUUGAAGCAAAAGAAAGUGAACAAAUUGAUAAAAAACAAAGUGAAGAUCAUGAAAAUCAAGAUUGUAUAGUCGUUUAUGAUGAAGAUCUUAAAAAGGAAAAAAGUGAAGAAAAAGAGGACCACAAAGAAAAAGAAAGCAUAGAAAUUAAUGGAGCACAGGACAAUGUUGGACAUCAUGAGGAAAAAGAUAGUGAAGAAAAUAAUGGAACACAUAACAGUGAAGAAAAUAAUGGAACACAUAACAGUGAAGAAAAUAAUGGAACACAUAACAGUGAAGAAAAUACUGGAACACAUAACAGUGAAGAAAAUAAUGGAACACUUAACAGUGAAGAAAAUAAUGGAACACAUAACAGUGAAGAAAAUAAUGGAACACUUAACAGUGAAGAAAAUAAUGGAACUCAUAACAGUGAAGAAAAUAAUGGAACACUUAACAGUGUUGAAGUUCAUAAAACACAGGAGAGCGAAGAAAUAGUAGAUUAUAAAAAUCAUGAAUUUGUAGAAAUUGAUGGAAAACAAGACAGUAUUGAAGUUCAUGAAAAGCAAAAAAGUGAAGAAAUUGGAGAUCAUAUGGAAAAAAUAAGGGAAGAAACUGGUGGAACACAAAAAAUUGAUGGAACACUAGACAAUUUUGAAGUUCUUGAGGAAAAAGGAAGAGGAGAAGUUGAUAAAACACAAGACCUUGAAAGUGAAGAUCAGAAAAAUCAAGAAUUUAUAGAAUUAAAUGGAAAACAAGAAAAAACUGUAGUACACGAUGAAGAUUGUAGAAAGAAAAAUAGGGAAGAAAUUGAAGUUUAUGAAGAAAAGGAUAGUGAACAUCACGAAAAGCAAGAAAGUAUUGAUACAAAUAAAAAGGUUGAUUAUUUGUUGAAUGAAGUUUAUGAAAUGGCUGAACAAAUUAAAGAUCAACAUAUUGAAACCUUGAAGAUAACAGAUUGUGAAGACAAAGGAGAAGACAUUUCUGUCAUAUCUACUUACAUGGAAACUAUUAAAAGAAAUAAUGAAGUCAACAAAGAAAAUUUAGAAGGGAAAUUUGAUUUUGAUAAUGGAACAGAAAAAGACGAAAGUCGGAUUGAAUCAGAUAAUGAAGAUCCAAAAAUAAUAAGUUCAGAAAACAAAAUAGAUCUUGAAAUUGUUGAUAAGUCAAGUAACGAACUUGAAGAAUCUAGAUCUGUUACAGAACAAAGAACACCAAGUCAGGAUACCACAUCAAAAGAUAAAGAUUUAGGAAGAGAGAACAAUGAAGAUCUACAGAUUGAUGGAAUUGAAAAUGGUCAUAAACCCAAAGAAGACACACAGAGCAAAACAAAAAUCCAAUCUGAAAGAUACUUCAUGAAAGAAUAUACAAGUAAUCAGGCUGGGACAUCUGUGGAAAUUAACUCUAUGGAAAGUCUUCCAGAAUGUUCAGAUAAUAUUUCUACAGUAGCUGUCAAGUCUCCAGCAGAAACUACCAGACAAACAAAUAAAGAUAAUACAAUUGGAAGGAAAAGAAAAGUACCACCAGAGUUUGAAAGUAUAUGCCCAGGGAAUAACAAGAAGGUUAUUAUGGAUAUUAAUGAUACUGUUGCAAAUUUUUUCAAGAUUAGAGAUUAUAUCAAGAAAAGGUCGUUUGAUCAGGUGACCUUGAAGAAAAACUUGAUUAAAGGAUAUGUGAAGAAUUUUUUUCAUAGAAAUAAUGAAACCACUUCAAACUUCGAUGCUGUAAAAAUUCUGAAAAAACAGCAAAUCAAGUAUAGUGUGCAUGAAACCAAGAAUGAUGAAAUCAAAGACCUUGUUAGUGCUACAUGGAAGGCUAGGUCUGAACAAUUGGACGAAGAUGUUUCAUGUUCUGCUUCUAAAGAUUUGCAAAAUGGACCAAAUAUAAAAAAGUUAACAGAUGGAAACAUAAACUCCAUUGAAUUUGAACAAGCUGAGGUUGCUGUUCAUGAAAGUGAUGAGGAAUCUGACAGCCAUCCUGGUUAUGAAAGUGAUGAGGAAUCUGACAGCCAUCCUGGUUAUGAAAGUGAUGAGGAAUCUGACAGCCAUCCUGGUUAUGAAAGUGAUGAGGAAUCUGACAGCCAUCCUGGUUAUGAAAUUGUCAUCUUUGGUCAACAUAAUCUGGAUGAAAGUAUCAAUGCUGGGCUAGACAGGGACCACCCAACAGAAAAUGGUAAAGUCUGUAGUAAAAUAGGCAGGGAUCACCAAACAGAAGAGGAUAAUGUCUCCAGAAAAAUAGACACACACAUUGAUUCAGAUGGAUCAACUGUCACUGAUCUAGUACAACAGGAAACUCACAUUUGUAGAGAGGAACCACAGAAUCAUGACCAGGAAUGCAUCAUUAAAAACAUAGUAGAUUUUAGCAACAGAACAAAAGAGCAAACUCAACCUGUGGACCGAACCAGUGAAUCAAAAAAGGACAGUAACAAUGAGACCAUAAGAGACGAAAAAAUGAAAGAAUGUACAAGUAAUAAUCUAGCAGAUGAAUUACCCAAUAAAGAAUGUUGUAGCUUGAUGAUAAAUGACAAAGUGGGAAGCAAUACAGCUAUUAUUACUGAUGACAAAGUGGGAAGCAAUACAGCUAUUAUUACUGAUGAUGUUGAUUGUGUCAAGAUAGCUGAUAAUGAAAUAAUUAUUGUACAAGAAUUAGAAGAUCAUGAUUCGGUAAAGCUUGAGGAACAAAUGGAGGUUUUUAUAGAAGAUGAACACGACCAGACAGAAACAAAUAACGUUGUGGAUAUUGAUGGCAAUGGAACAAGUGAUGAAGACCUACUACAAACUCAAACAGAAGUGGAGGAGAAUGAAGAUAGCGAUAUUCGGGUCACUGAUCUUCACCAAGAUCUCAUAGCAACACAGACUGAAUUAAAUGAUGUGGAGAAAAAAGAUGAAGAGGAAAUAUUGACAGCAACCCAAUCUAUGAUGAAUGAAAUAAAGGAGUUUGGAGAGACUCAAGAUAGUAUGACAACAUAUGGUCCAGAUCUUAUAGCUACACAACCAUAUUCUGAUGCAUCUGAGACAACAGAGCAGUUGGAAUCAGAAACAAUUGUCAAUCAUGGUGAACUCAGUGAAUCGGUUGUUGAAGAACCAGAGGAAUCAGUAACAAUUGUCAAACAUGGUGAACUUGGUGAAUCAGUUGUUGAAGAACCAGAGGAAUCAGUAACAAUUAUCUAUCAUGGUAAACUUGGUGAAUCAGUUGUGAAAAAACCAGAAGAAUCAGUAACAAUUGUCAAUCAUGAUGAAAAUGGUGAAUCAGUUGUUGAAGAACCAGAAGAAUCAGUAACGAUUGUCAAUCAUUGUGAACUCGGUGAAUCAGUUGUUGAAGAACCAGAAGAAUCAGUAACGAUUGUCAAUCAUGGUGAACUUGGUGAAUCAGUUGUUGAAGAACCAGAAGAAUCAGUAAUAAUCGCCAAUCAUGGUGAACUUGGUGAAUCAGUUGUUGAAGAACCAGAAGAAUCAGUAAGGAUUGUCAAUCAUGGUGAACUUGGUGAAUCAGUUGUUGAAGAACCAGAGGAAUCAGUAACAAUUAUCAAUCAUGGUAAACUUGGUGAAUCAGUUGUGGAAAAACCAGAAGAAUCAGUAACAAUUGUCAAUCAUGAUGAACUUGGUGAAUCAGUUGUUGAAGAACUAGAAGAAUCAGAAACAAUUAUCUAUCAUAGUAAACUUGGUGAAUCAGUUGUGGAAAAACCAGAAAAAUCAGUAACAAUUGUCAAUCAUGGUAAACUUGGUGAAUCAGUUGUGGAAAAACCAGAAGAAUCAGUAACAAUUGUCAAUCAUGAUGAACUUGGUGAAUCAGUUGUUGAAGAACUAGAAGAAUCAGAAACAAUUGUCAAUCAUGGUGAACUUGGUGAAUCAGUUGUUGAAGAACCAGAGGAAUCCGUAAUAAUUGUCAAUCAUGGUAAACUUGAUGAAUCGGUUGUUGAAGAACCAGAAGAAUCAGAAACGAUUGUCAAUCAUGGUGAACUUGGUGAAUCAGUUGUUGAAGAACCAGAAGAUUCAGAAACGAUUGUCACUCAUGGUAAACUUGGUGAAUCAGUUGUGGAAAAACCAGAAGAAUCAGUAACAAUUGUCAAUCAUGAUGAACUUGUUGAAUCAGUUGUUGAAGAACUAGAAGAAACAGAAACAAUUGUCAAUCUUGGUGAACUUGGUGAAUCAGUUGUUGAAGAACCAGAAGAAUCAGUUAUAAUUGUCAAUCAUGGUGAACUUGGUGAAUCAGUUGUUGAAGAACCAGAAGAAUCAGUAACAAUUAUCAAUCAUGGUGAACUUGGUGAAUCAGUUGUGGAAAAACCAGAAGAAUCAGUAACAAUUGUCAAUCAUGGUGAAGUUGAUGAAUCGGUUGUUGAAGAACCAGAAGAAUCAGAAACGAUUGUCAAUCAUGGUGAACUUGGUGAAUCAGUUGUUGAAGAACCAGAGGAAUCAGUAACAAUUAUCUAUCAUGGUAAACUUGGUGAAUCAGUUGUGAAAAAACCAGAAGAAUCAGUAACAAUUGUCAAUCAUGAUGAAGUUGAUGAAUCGGUUGUUGAAGAACCAGAAGAAUCAGAAACGAUUGUCAAUCACGGUGAACUUGGUGAAUCAGUUGUUGAAGAACCAGAAGAAUCAAAAACAAUUGUCAAUCAUGGUGAACUUGGUGAAUCAGUUGUUGAAGAACCAGAAGAAUCAGUAACGAUUGGCAAUCAUGGUGAACUUGGUGAAUCAGUUUUUAAAGAACCAGAAGAAUCAGUAACGAUUGUCAAUCAUGGUGAACUUAGUGAAUCAGUUGUUGAAGAACCAAAAGAAUCAGUAAAGAUUGUCAAUCAUGGUGAACUUAAUGAAUCAAUUGUAGUUAGUAAUGUUAGUUAUGGUAAUGUGUUUGAGGACACUCUUGUUAAUAUUGAUGAAAUUAAAAGUAAUGACACCACUGAAGGAAGUGAGGUCCAACAGCUUAGUGAUGAUAUCAUAAAUAGAGUUAAUGUCGAACAAGCAUUCAAAGAAACAUCAAUUUCAUGUUUAGAAAAUACUGAUAAAUCUAUAUGUAGAACAGAAAGUGAAUUUGAUAAAGUGGGCAAUCUGAAUAGAAAUGAGUCGCCUAAAUAUUGUCAACCUGAUAUGGAUGAAACAAGUAUUCAAGAGACUAUUGUAUUGGAUGCCCUCAAUACUGAGGAUUCUGCUAGCUUAUUUGACAACCACCAAGAAGACUUUGUAGAGAACAAUAUUGGCGAGGAUGUAGGAGACAGGUCAAUGCAGAUUAUGGAAGAAAAACAUUCUGACAAGAAAAAUGGAAAUGAUCAAUUUGACCUGGACCAAAACAAAUCAUCUGCAGUAUUGAAGGAACUAGUAGAUGACUUUAGCACAGAAAUUUUGGAAGAUGGCUCUCAAACCAAACAUGGACAAGAUACUGUGGAAAACAAUCAAGAUAGUGGUUUACCAGAGAAAAAAGAUAAAAGCAAAAUCAGAGAAGAAUUACCAGUUGUUGGUGAAGAUUCAUUUGUCUUUGACUUUAGUAACAUCUCUGAUUUAGAGGAUAGUGAAAAAUUGAUGAUAGAUCUUAACACAGGCAAGGAUGAUACUAGUCAAUAUGAUUCUGAUGAACAAGUUGAUCUCCAAGUAGGCAAAGAGGAUACUAGUCCAGCAGGCAAAGUGGAUACUAGUCCAGCAGGCAAAGUGGAUACUAGUCAAGCAGGCAAUGAUGAUACUAGUCAAGAAGGCAAUGCUGAUACUAGUCAAGCAGGCAACAGUGAUACUAUUCAAGUAGGCAUGGAUGAUUCUGAUGAACAAGUUGAUGUCCAAGCUGGCAAUGAUGAAACUACUCCAGUAGGCAAAGAGGAUACUAGUCCAGCAGGCAAGGAUGAUACUAGUCAAGCAGUCAAGGAUGAUUCGGAUGAACAAGUUGAUCUCCAAGCAGGCAAUGAUGAAACUAGUCAAGCAGGCAAUGAUGAAACUACUCCAACAGGCAAUGAUGAAACUAGUCAAGCAGGCAAUGAUGAAACUACUUCAACAGGCAAUGAUGAAACUAGUCAGGCAGGCAAUGAGGAAACUACUCCAACAGGCAAUGAUGAAACUAGUCAAGCAGGCAAUGAUUAUACUAGUCAAGUAGACAAUGAUGAAACUAGUCAAGCAGGCAAUGAUGAAACUAGUCAAGCAGGCAAUGAUGAUACUACUCCAGCAGGCAAUGAUAAUACUAGCCAAAAGGUCAUGGAUGAUUCUGAUGAACAAUUUGAUCACCAAGCAGGCAAUGAUGAAACUAGUCAAGCAGGCAAUGAUGAAACUAGUCAAGCAGGCAAUGAUGAAACUAGUCAAGCAGACAAUGAUGAAACUAUUCAAGCAGACAAUGAUGAAACUAGUCAAGCAGGCAAUGAUGAAACUAGUCAAGCAGGCAAGGAUGAUACUAGUCAAGCAGGCAAUGAUGAUACUACUCCAACAGGCAAUGAUGAAACUAGUCGAGCAGGCAAUGAUGAAACUAGUCAAGCAGGCAAUGAUGAUACUACUCCAACAGGCAACGAUGAAACUAGUCAAGUAGGCAAGGAUGGUUUGGAUGAACAAGUUGAUCUCCAGGUAGACAAUGAUGAAACUAGUCAAGCAGACAAUGAUGAAACUAGUCAAGUAGACAAUGAUGAAACUAGUCGAGCAGACAAUGGUGAAACUAGUCAAGUAGACAAUGAUGAAACUAGUCAAAUAGACAAUGAUGAAACUAGUCAAGCAGGCAAUGAUGAAACUAGUCAAGCAGGCAAUGAUGAAACUAGUCAAGCAGGCAAUGAUGAUACUACUCCAACAGGCAAUGAUGAAACUAGUCAAGUAGGCAAGGAUGGUUUGGAUGAACAAGUUGAUCUCCAGGUAGACAAUGGAGAAAUUAGUCCAGGAGGCAAUGAUGAUUCUAGUCAAUAUGAUUCUGAUGAAAAAGUAACAGAAGACGUUGAAGUUUCCAAUGAAAAUAAAAUUACUAUUUCAGACAGCACUGAAAACAGUAAAUCUGACUUUGAAGACAUUAUAAGGGAUACCCCCAACAAGUCUGAGCUGGAAGUUGAUGAUAAAAGCCCUGUCGAUUUGAAGGAGGAUGACACUGAUACAGGAGAUCAUCUAGCAGGAAAAGUAACGAAAAUCUUUACGAGUUUUAUGAAUCGUUUGAAGUCUGAAUCGGGUACAGAUGAGAUUGAAAGUGUACGCUUUACAUCUGGUAACUGUGGAGAUGACAAGACUAAUUAUAGUACAUAUACACUACCAGACUUUGAUAUUUCAUCUGAUGGUAGCAUACUUAAAUCAGAGAGUAGAAGUAGAGAGAGCUCUGUAGAGUUUGUUUGUACAGCUCCUGUAACACCAAGUGCUGACUUAUGUAAUGAGGAUUCUGAUUCCCUGCCAGAAGUUGAAUUUCUAAGAGCCAGUCCAGCAAAACAUCCAAUCGUUAAAGAGGAAAAGUCAGGAGAUGAUUCUGGAUUAGAAAGUGGCAUAGAUGUUACGGAUAAGGUUGAUGACUUCAUUGAUAAGAAAUGUAAGAAAUUGAUAAUCAGGAUGCCAUCCACACCAGUUAAAGAUAAUGAGCAGAUAAAGGCUGUAUUUCAUGUCUCCUCAGACAGUUCUAGUCUGGAAAAUAAUACACCACCUAUUCAACGGUGUAUUACACCAGUCAAAUCUAGAGAGUCAACCCCAUCAAAAUUAAAACUCGAGUUGAAAAAACUUGAUGCAGGUGAAGAAAGUCCAAGAAAAAAAAGUUUAAGAAAGAAAAAGAAAGAUCCAAGCCCUAAAAAGCAAAAAUCCCCAAUAAAAAUUCAUGAAGAACCAGAUGAAAACCACAAUAAAAGACCAUCCAGGAAGAAAAAGACAGAUACCAGUUCUGAAAAAGAGAAAACACCUGUUCGUGAUGGAGAGUUUUCAGGGAAGGGAGAAGGGAGAAAAAGGAAAUUAUAUCAAAGUCCUAAAACUUGCCAGACACCUGAAAAGAAAAAAGAUACUCCCAGCAAAAAGAAAAAAAUGACUAAAGAUAAACAAAGGUUGAGUGAUUUGAUUGAAAUUUGUACUGAUGAUGAUUCAGAAUCUGAGAUGGUGUCAAGGUCACCAAUAGUCAAAACUGAACAGAAUGAAGGGCACGAUGAUGAACCAAGUUAUGAAGUGGCAACUGCAGAGAGUAGUAGUCUUACAGACUACACGAGUCAAAAAGAUUGUUCUGAUGGAUUGGAAUGGUGUAGUCAAGAAACACAUACUACAGAAAAGGAUACAGUACAGGGAACACAGUCAAGUAUUAGUGACAUAGAUAACAUUCAUAGUGAGGAGAGUACAGACUGUAAUACACAACCGUGUCAACAAAUGAUACUACCAGACGACCAAAUAUCUGAACUCUCAUUUUCAAAUACUGUCGUAACCGAUUCAGUGACUGAAGAUGAGAGCAUCUGUUUGGAAAGAUUACCAGGCCUGGUUCCAUCAGAUCAGACACCAACUUCUGCAACAUCUUAUGAUGAAAAUGAGGCUGGCAUAGACGAUGACCAUACCGAUGGAGAAAUAUCUCCUGUGAAGGAAAUUGAUCAGCUCGAUAUACAAUGUACAUUUGAAGAUGUCGCUACUGACGAUGAGGACAAUCAAGACAUUGGUAAUAUUGUUAAUUUUCUUGAAAAUGAAACUGUUUGUUAUAGUGACCUUCAUGAAGAUCAGAGGUCACUCAGUGGACAGUCUCACACUGGGGAUGAUUAUCCAUCUGUUGAUAGACAACUAUCUCCUACUUAUGAAAUGGAAAGGGAACCAGUCCCAGGUGUAAAGUAUGGUUUCCUGUCAGAACCAGAAGAAAAGAGCACAGAUAAUCUACACAAUAAUUCUGAAUGUGAUUAUUUAAAAAAUGGAAUGGAAACGUCCACACCAAAUGAGUUUGAAAAGGAUUCAUUGAGGAGGCUGCAAAACUUGGAGAGGAAAUUACAAGAGAAAUCAUUGAAUCAUCAACAUGUGACAAGUAUAGAGACUGGUACUCCCAAUAUUUCAAGAAGUGAUGAAACGGUAUUGUAUUAUGAUGAUGAAAGUGGUCCAACAGUUCAUAUAGAAAAUGUGAGGGGAAAUUUUGCUGGUGAUUUCAAUCCAAGUUCAGAUGAAGAGGACAAUGAUAUUGACAGUGGAACUCCCCUGUCAUUACAGUUUAGUAGUAAUAGUUUGACCAUGCCUGCUCUUAAUGAUGAAGUAAGGGAUAAUGAUCCAUACCAUGUAGAAGAGAGAAUGGAUGGUAGUAAUAGUUUGACCAUGCCUGCUCUUGAUGAUGAAGUUAGGGAUAAUGAUCCAUACCAUGUAGAAGAGAGAAUGGAUGGUAGUAAUAGUUUGACCAUGCCUACUAUUGAUGAUGAAGUAAGGGAUCCAUACCAUGUAGAGGAGAGAAUGGAAGACUCUACCAAUUAUAGUGCUGCAAAUAAAGAAAAUGUACUUGGACAUCAUAGGACAAGCCAAGACAUCUCCAACAGGAUAAAUUAUGGUCAAAGUUGGGAAGGUAGCUCUAUAGAUUACCAAGAAGAUGAGGGAAAUUUCCAACAAGGCCAAAAUGAGGGUUAUAAUGACAAAAGUAUUGAUGUUUUAUAUGAAAGGAAUAGAAACUCAUUGACUUCUUCAUACCCACAAAAUAUUAAAGAGGAAAUAAAAUCACCAGAAGAGAUUAUGCCUAAAAGAAAAGCUAAAGAUUUACUAGAAAAACUUAGGGCCAAGAAGAUGAGGUUAUCACUUCCAAAAGCAGCAAUGCCAUUAAAAGUGAACGAAAAUGAUGGACAAGAAGCUGGUCCAAGUCGAAUAAGACCUCCAACACCUGCCAUGUCUGGGGAUUUAGAUAGGUGCAAGGAAGUAGUAUUAAAGUUGAGGAAAUCUUUGUCAAAGGAGAAGAAAAUGAAAAACCAACAAAGAGUUGAAGUUUGGAAGCAAGAAUUAACUGAGCUUGAGAGUAGGCUAUGUUUGCCCAAGGUUACAGUGGCUGUGGUAGGAACAACGGGUGCAGGGAAGUCCAGUCUGAUGAAUGCCAUUAUAGACCAUUACAAUGUAUUACCUACAUCAGGUACACAGGCCUGUACAGCUGUGGUUGUCAAGAUAGAGAGUAACAAUGACAGUGAUCUGUUUGAAGCUGAUAUUGAAUUUCUCUCUAUAGAGGAAUGGGAGAAUGAACUCCAACUAUUGAAAAAAGACUUGACAGAUAAAAAUGGAAAAAUAAAGAAAGUCAAACCUGACCCAGAAACAGAAGCAGGAGUAGCUUUUCUGAAGAUGAGAGCUGUGUAUGGAAAGUUUGAAACUUUUGAACAGUUGUCCAGACCAACUCCUGUGACAAGAUGUCUAGGGAAGAUUGAAACUGUUAAGUCAAGAUGUUCAUCAACUUUCCGAAAUAAGAUUGACAAAUAUAUAGAGAAUACAUCAUCAAAGAACGGCGGACAGUACUGGCCUAUUAUUAAAUCGGUAACGAUACGUAUACCACAUUGUUCAGUCUGUAGUAAUGGUUGUACAUUGGUAGACUUGCCAGGUGUUAGGGAUUCUAAUGCUGCCAGAGAUAGGAUAGCUAAAGAUUACUUGAAAAACUGUUCUGUAAUUCUGGUGGUGGCUGAGGUCCAUAGAGCUUCCACAAGUAAAACAGCCAAAGAAUUACUAGGGGACAACUUCCGUCGACAGCUACUCAUGGAUGGACAAUAUGGAAACGUAGCAUUUAUAUGUACCAAGAAUGAUGUACUGCAGCCUUCAGAACUCAUAAGAGAGUUGGAAUUGGAUGAACAAACUGACUCUAUUGAGGAGAAUUUGAAUUUGAUGAUGAUCAAGAUGGACGAGUUAAAACAGACAGAGAGAAGUUUAAAGGAAGAAAUACAAUGGUUAUUGGUGGACAUUAGUACACUGACCAAUGCUGUUGAUGAACUAGAGAAAGAUAUCAGUGAGAUAACAGAGCUAGUUUCACUUGUUGAUACACAAGAAGAAAAUGAACAGUUAGAAGAAUUGACGUCAGAUCUACAGAGAAAAAGUGUAAAGUUAUCAUUGAAACAGCAGGCUGUGGAUGCUAAGAGAAUGAAAGUGGACAACAUCCAGUCACAAAAUAAUCAAUUGAUAAUUGAGAUGAACCACAAAAGAAAAAUGAUUAAUAUGAUCUGUGCUAAAGCUAGAACUAUCUUUGCAAGGAAUGCCAUUAAGAAGGAUUAUAAAGCUGGAGUUAGGGAAAUGAAGAGAAAAGCCAAGAUGACCCAAGAAGAAAUAGAGGAAGAUGAGGAGGAUGACUAUGUCAGUGAUGAAGAUGAUAAUGAUUUAACAAGGUCAUGUGACAAUCUACAGGUCUUCUGUGUCAGCUCAUCUGAAUACCAAAAAUUAAACAACAGACUAACAGAUGAUGGACCACCUACGGUAUUUGAUGAUGCUGAGGAUACAGAGAUCCCAGCAGUCAGACAGUUCAUUAGACAGAUCUCUAAUCAGAAGAGAGAAGAAGCCACAAAAAGACUCAUACAGAAUCUGGCAGUUUUUAUCUAUGACAUACAAAACUACUUAACAGAAAAUGGUCUUACAAACAAAAACGACAGGUUUACAGUACAAUCAGCAGUAGAAGAUUUUUCCUCAAGGUUACAUGAAGAGUUAUCUCCCAUACUAGAAAGCCUACAACAAGAUGUUGGCCAUGAACUAGACAGUAGUAUAGCAGCACGAUUAAACAGAGGUGUAGAGGUUGCUGUCAACAGUGCAAUAGAAACCUGUAAAGGUUGGGGCUCAGCUGUAAAAAAAGAAGAUAAAAACAAAGGAGGGUUAUGUUUCUCUACUUACAAAGCAACAGUACGUAGAUAUGGUAAUUUUCAAUCACCCACUGCAGGCUUGAUCGACUUCAACGAAAAUUUAGCAGAACCACUAACUACGAGCAUAAGUAUAGUAUGGACCAAAUUCUUUAGUGUUGAUUUGUGGAACCUUCUUGAGAGAUACAAGCUGAGAAUACUGAGUACAUUACGGUCCUUCACUGGCAAACUUUGUGUAGAACUGAUGUCUUGUAAUGUAUCAAGAAAUCAAUUGGAUACAGCACAAAGACAAUUCCAUUUGAUUUCUGGAACAAAGUUGACAGAAAUGAUUAGGAAUUUACAAGAGUUUGUUAUAGAAAGACAGAGAGAUAUGAACAGGAUAUUUCCUCCAACUAUUAAGGUAAGAGAGUUUGUUAUAGAAAGACGGAGAGAUAUGAACAGGAUGUUUCCACCAAAUAUUCAGGUAAGAGAGUUUGUAAUAGAAAGACAGAGAGAUAUGAACAGGAUGUUUCCACCAACUAUUCAGGUAAGAGAGUUUGUAAUAGAAAGACAGAGAGAUAUGAACAGGAUGUUUCCACCAACUAUUCAGGUAAGAGAGUUUGUAAUAGAAAGACAGAGAGAUAUGAACAGGAUGUUUCCACCAACUAUUCAGGUAAGAGAGUUUGUAAUAGAAAGACAGAGAGAUAUGAACAGGAUGUUUCCACCAACUAUUCAGGUAAGAGAGUUUGUAAUAGAAAGACAGAGAGAUAUGAACAGGAUGUUUCCACCAACUAUUCAGGUAAGAGAGUUUGUAAUAGAAAGACAAAAAGAUAUGAACAGGAUGUUUCCACCAACUAUUCAGGUAAGAGAGUUUGUAAUAGAAAGACAGAGAGAUAUGAACAGGAUGUUUCCACCAACUAUUCAGGUAAGAGAGUUUGUUAUAGAAAUACAGAGGGAUAUGAACAGGAUGUUUCCACCAACUAUUCAGGUAAGAGAGUUUGUUAUAGAAAGACAGAGGGAUAUGAACAGGAUGUUUCCACCAACUAUUGAGGUAAAAGAGUUUGUUAUAGAAAGACCGAGGGAUAUGAACAGGAUGUUUCCACCAACUAUUCAGGUAAGAGAGUUUGUAAUAGAAAGGCAGAGAGAUAUGAACAGGAUGUUUCCACCAACUAUUCAGGUAAGAGAGUUUGUUAUAGAAAGACAGAGGGAUAUGAACAGGAUGUUUCCACCAACUAUUCAGGUAAGAGAGUUUGUUAAAGAAAGACAGAGGGAUAUGACCAGGAUGUUUCCACCAACUAUUCAGGUAAGAGAGUUUGCUAUAGAAAGACAGAGAGAUAUGAACAGGAUGUUUCCACCAACUAUUCAGGUAAGAGAGUUUGUUAUAGAAAGACAGAGAGAUAUGAACAGGAUGUUUCCACCAACUAUUCAGGUAAGAGAGUUUGUUAUAGAAAGGCAGAGAGAUAUGAACAGGAUGUUUCAACCAACUAUUCAGGUAAGAGAGUUUGUAAUAGAAAGACAGAGAGAUAUGAACAGGAUGUUUCCACCAACUAUUCAGGUAAAAGAGUUUGUUAUAGAAAGACAGAGAGAUAUGAACAGGAUGUUUCCUCCAACUAUUCAGGUAAGAGAGUUUGUAAUAGAAAGGCAGAGAGAUAUGAACAGGAUGUUUCCACCAACUAUUCAGGUAAGAGAGUUUGUUAUAGAAAGACAGAGGGAUAUGAACAGGAUGUUUCCACCAACUAUUCAGGUAAGAGAGUUUGUAAUAGAAAGGCAGAGAGAUAUGAACAGGAUGUUUCCACCAACUAUUCAGGUAAGAGAGUUUGUUAUAAAAAGGCAGAGAGAUAUGAACAGGAUGUUUCCACCAACAAUUCAGGUAAGAGAGUUUGUUAUAGAAAGGCAGAGAGAUAUGAACAGGAUGUUUCCACCAACUAUUCAGGUAAGAGAGUUUGUAAUAGAAAGGCAGAGAGAUAUGAACAGGAUGUUUCCACCAACUAUUCAGGUAAGAGAGUUUGUUAUAGAAAGACAGAGGGAUAUGAACAGGAUGUUUCCACCAACUAUUCAGGUAAGAGAGUUUGUAAUAGAAAGACAGAGAGAUAUGAACAGGAUGUUUCCACCAACUAUUCAGGUAAGAGAGUUUGUAAUAGAAAGGCAGAGAGAUAUGAACAGGAUGUUUCCACCAAAUAUUCAGGUAAGAGAGUUUGUUAUAGAAAUACAGAGGGAUAUGAACAGGAUGUUUCCACCAACUAUUCAGGUAAGAGAGUUUGUUAUAGAAAGACAGAGGGAUAUGAACAGGAUGUUUCCACCAACUAUUGAGGUAAAAGAGUUUGUUAUAGAAAGACAGAGGGAUAUGAACAGGAUGUUUCCACCAACUAUUCAGGUAAGAGAGUUUGUAAUAGAAAGGCAGAGAGAUAUGAACAGGAUGUUUCCACCAACUAUUCAGGUAAGAGAGUUUGUUAUAGAAAGACAGAGGGAUAUGAACAGGAUGUUUCCACCAACUAUUGAGGUAAGAGAGUUUGUUAUAGAAAGACAGAGAGAUAUGAACAGGAUGUUUCCACCAACUAUUCAGGUAAGAGAGUUUGUUAUAGAAAGACAGAGGGAUAUGAACAGGAUGUUUCCACCAACUAUUCAGGUAAGAGAGUUUGUUAAAGAAAGACAGAGGGAUAUGACCAGGAUGUUUCCACCAACUAUUCAGGUAAGAGAGUUUGCUAUAGAAAGACAGAGAGAUAUGAACAGGAUGUUUCCACCAACUAUUCAGGUAAGAGAGUUUGUUAUAGAAAGACAGAGAGAUAUGAACAGGAUGUUUCCACCAACUAUUCAGGUAAGAGAGUUUGUUAUAGAAAGGCAGAGAGAUAUGAACAGGAUGUUUCCACCAACUAUUCAGGUAAGAGAGUUUGUAAUAGAAAGACAGAGAGAUAUGAACAGGAUGUUUCCACCAACUAUUCAGGUAAAAGAGUUUGUUAUAGAAAGACAGAGAGAUAUGAACAGGAUGUUUCCUCCAACUAUUCAGGUAAGAGAGUUUGUAAUAGAAAGACAGAGAGAUAUGAACAGGAUGUUUCCACCAACUAUUCAUGUAAGAGAGUUUGUUAUAGAAAGACAGAGGGAUAUGAACAGGAUGUUUCCACCAACUAUUCAGGUAAGAGAGUUUGUAAUAGAAAGGCAGAGAGAUAUGAACAGGAUGUUUCCACCAACUAUUCAGGUAAGAGAGUUUGUUAUAGAAAGGCAGAGAGAUAUGAACAGGAUGUUUCCACCAACAAUUCAGGUAAGAGAGUUUGUUAUAGAAAGGCAGACAGAUAUGAACAGGAUGUUUCCACCAACUAUUCAGGUAAGAGAGUUUGUAAUAGAAAGGCAGAGAGAUAUGAACAGGAUGUUUCCACCAACAAUUCAGGUAAGAGAGUUUGUUAUAGAAAGGCAGAGAGAUAUGAACAGGAUGUUUCCACCAACUAUUCAGGUAAGAGAGUUUGUUAUAGAAAGACAGAGGGAUAUGAACAGGAUGUUUCCACCAACUAUUCAGGUAAGAGAGUUUGUUAUAGAAAGACAGAGGGAUAUGAACAGGAUGUUUCCACCAACUAUUCAGGUAAGUGAGUUUGUUAAAGAAAGGCAGAGAGAUAUGAACAGGGUGUUUCCACCAACUAUUCAGGUAACAGAGUUUGUUAUAGAAAGACAGAGAGAUAUGAACAGGAUGUUUCCACCAACUAUUCAGGUAAGAGAGUUUGUUAUAGAAAGACAGAGGGAUAUGAACAGGAUGUUUCCACCAACUAUUCAGGUAAGAGAGUUUGUUAUAGAAAGACAGAGGGAUAUGAACAGGAUGUUUCCACCAACUAUUCAGGUAAGAGAGUUUGUUAUAGAAAGACAGAGGGAUAUGAACAGGAUGUUUCCACCAACUAUUCAGGUAAGAGAGUUUGUAAUAGAAAGGCAGAGAGAUAUGAACAGGAUGUUUCCACCAACUAUUCAGGUAAGAGAGUUUGUUAUAGAAAGACAGAGGGAUAUGAAGAGGAUGUUUCCACCAACUAUUCAGGUAAGAGAGUUUGUUAUAGAAAGACAGAGAGAUAUGAUCAGGAUGUUUCCACCAACUAUUCAGGUAAGAGAGUUUGUUAUAGAAAGACAGAGGGAUAUGAACAGGAUGUUUCCACCAACUAUUCAGGUAAGAGAGUUUGUUAUAGAAAGACAGAGAGAUAUGAACAGGAUGUUUCCACCAACUAUUCAGGUAAGAGAGUUUGUUAUAGAAAGGCAGAGAGAUAUGAACAGGAUGUUUCCACCAACUAUUCAGGUAAGAGAGUUUGUUAUAGAAAGACAGAGAGAUAUGAACAGGAUGUUUCCACCAACUAUUCAGGUAAGAGAGUUUGUUAUAGAAAGGCAGAGAGAUAUGAACAGGAUGUUUCCACCAACUAUUCAGGUAAGAGAGUUUGUAAUAGAAAGACAGAGAGAUAUGAACAGGAUGUUUCCACCAACUAUUCAGGUAAGAGAGUUUGUAAUAGAAAGGCAGAGAGAUAUGAACAGGAUGUUUCCACCAACAAUUCAGGUAAGAGAGUUUGUAAUAGAAAGACAGAGAGAUAUGAACAGGAUGUUUUCUCCAACUAUUCAGGUAAGAGAGUUUGUUAUAGAAAGGCAGAGAGAUAUGAACAGGAUGUUUCCACCAACUAUUCAGGUAAGAGAGUUUGUUAUAGAAAGGCAGAGAGAUAUGAACAGGAUGUUUCCACCAACUAUUCAGGUAAGAGAGUUUGUUAUAGAAAGACAGAGAGAUAUGAACAGGAUGUUUCCACCAACUAUUCAGGUAAGAGAGUUUGUAAUAGAAAGACAGAGAGAUAUGAACAGGAUGUUUCCACCAACUAUUCAGGUAAGAGAGUUUGUAAUAGAAAGACAGAGAGAUAUGAACAGGAUGUUUCCACCAACUAUUCAGGUAAGAGAGUUUGUAAUAGAAAGACAGAGAGAUAUGAACAGGAUGUUUCCACCAACUAUUCAGGUAAGAGAGUUUGUUAUAGAAAGACAGAGAGAUAUGAACAGGAUGUUUCCUCCAACUAUUCAGGUAAGAGAGUUUGUAAUAGAAAGGCAGAGGGAUAUGAACAGGAUGUUUCCACCAACUAUUCAGGUAAGAGAGUUUGUUAUAGAAAGACAGAGGGAUAUGAACAGGAUGUUUCCACCAACUAUUCAGGUAAGAGAGUUUGUUAUAGAAAGGCAGAGAGAUAUGAACAGGAUGUUUCCACCAACUAUUCAGGUAAGAGAGUUUGUAAUAGAAAGACAGAGAGAUAUGAACAGGAUGUUUCCACCAACUAUUCAGGUAAGAGAGUUUGUUAUAGAAAGGCAGAGGGAUAUGAACAGGAUGUUUCCACCAACUAUUCAGGUAAGAGAGUUUGUUAUAGAAAGGCAGAGAGAUAUGAACAGGAUGUUUCCACCAACUAUUCAGGUAAGAGAGUUUGUUAUAGAAAGACAGAGAGAUAUGAACAGGAUGUUUCCACUAACUAUUCAGGUAAAAGAGUUUGUUAUAGAAAGACAGAGGGAUAUGAACAGGAUGUUUCCACCAACUAUUCAGGUAAGAGAGUUUGUUAUAGAAAGACAGAGAGAUAUGAACAGGAUGUUUCCACCAACUAUUCAGGUAAGAGAGUUUGUUAUAGAAAGACAGAGAGAUAUGAACAGGAUGUUUCCACCAACUAUUCAGGUAAGAGAGUUUGUUAUAGAAAGACAGAGGGAUAUGAACAGGAUGUUUCAACCAACUAUUCAGGUAAGAGAGUUUGUUAUAGAAAGACAGAGGGAUAUGAACAGGAUGUUUCCACCAACUAAUCAGGUAAGAGAGUUUGUUAUAGAAAGACAGAGGAAUAUGAACAGGAUGUUUCCACCAACUAUUCAGGUAAGAGAGUUUGUAAUAGAAAGGCAGAGAGAUAUGAGCAGGAUGUUUCCACCAACUAUUCAGGUAAGAGAGUUUGUUAUAGAAAGACAGAGGGAUAUGAACAGGAUGUUUCCACCAACUAUUCAGGUAAGAGAGUUUGUUAUAGAAAGACAGAGAGAUAUGAACAGGAUGUUUCCACCAACUAUUCAGGUAAGAGAGUUUGUUAUAGAAAGACAGAGAGAUAUGAACAGGAUGUUUCCACCAACUAUUCAGGUAAGAGAGUUUGUUAUAGAAAGACAGAGAGAUAUGAACAGGAUGUUUCCACCAACUAUUCAGGUAAGAGAGUUUGUUAUAGAAAGACAGAGGGAUAUGAACAGGAUGUUUCCACCAACUAUUCAGGUAAGAGAGUUUGCUAUAGAAAGACAGAGAGAUAUGAACAGGAUGUUUCCACCAACUGUUCAGGUAAGAGAGUUUGUUAUAGAAAGACAGAGAGAUAUGAACAGGAUGUUUCCACCAACUAUUCAGGUAAGAGAGUUUGUUAUAGAAAGGCAGAGAGAUAUGAACAGGAUGUUUCCACCAACUAUUGAGGUAAGAGAGUUUGUUAUAGAAAGACAGAGAGAUAUGAACAGGAUGUUUCCACCAACUAUUCAGGUAAGAGAGUUUGUUAUAGAAAGACAGAGAGAUAUGAACAGGAUGUUUCCUCCAACUAUUCAGGAUCACCUUAAAACAACAUAUGAAGAUUGUAAGAAUGACAGUGGGAAAGGACUUUUCCAACGUAUGAAGAACAAAAUGGAGGGUGGAGUUGAUAAUGAACGACCUAACAUGUUCCAGAGUGCUUCAAGUACAUUACUAGCUCAAUUGGAACAGUUAAUGAAUGAUGUAAUUGGCAAGGUCAAAGAAGUAUGUUCUACAUUGUGUUUAAACUUACAAGCAGUGUUUGAACCCCUGUGGAAUUCUUGUGAGGCCUCCAAACAGCUCAAAAGUACUCUAUUUAAAGAAAUCACUGAGGCCUCUUUAGUAAUGUCAAGUUUAUGUCGGACUGCUGGUGUACAGUUGCCUGUCAGGUCAGCAGCUAGCACAAGGGAGACAAUUCAUGGAUCUUCAAUAAUGACAGAUGUUAAUAGGAUGGUACCUUCAGAAAGUCAACAAUCACCUUAUGCCAACAGAGUUGUAGAAUUACCUGGGUGUUCUGGGACAAAUAUAGCAUCUAAAAGAAGUGGUCCAGGGCAACAACUAGGUCAAGUAAUGAAUAUUACCAGUCCAGCUAUGAGUACUGGUAUACCAGGGAAAACAGUGAGACGUAAUUCUGCAGUAGAAAUACCAGAUUGUGAUAGAAGGGCAAUACAUAGAAUUCCAAUAACAAGUACAGUUACAAGAACUACUAAUGUUGACAAACAAGCAUGUUCUUCUGUAGGAAGUCGGUUUGGAUUACCACAAAAUAGCUCUAUUUCUCGGGCAAAUAUUUCUCAAAAUAAUCAAGUUCAGCAUAAUAGCAAGGAUAAACUUACUCAUGGGAAUGAAUCUUAUAAUUUCAUGAUGAAUACAUCAAAUUCAAGACCAACACAAGUAGUUGUUGAACAGCCAAAUACCCCAGUUGCACAAAAGCAUGGGACCAUUGUACAGAAUCAGCAGUCAGGAAAUAAGACACCUAAGUUUGUUUCUGUUUUACCUGGGAAGCAUGGUCAUGUGACCUACAGGAAGCAAACAGGUAACCAGAACCCAACCAAUACUUACACACAAGGGAGAAAAUGUAAACCAGGAAGCAACAGCGUGAGUGAAGUGCCAUUAGUCCCUACACCUGGAAGAAGGUCUGUUGAUGGAGGACAUGGACCAGUUUCAUUGGUACCUCAGAUAGCAGAAUCAACACUUCCAGUAUUGUCUUCUACAGUUGUUAGAUUAAGAAAUCUUGGAGAAAAUCAUGUUACUGGACACAGGACACCGAAAUCUAUACCUGUAUCAUCAGUCUCACAAACACAUAGGCCAAGACAUCCUAGCUCAUUUCAAUCACCUGAGAGUGGACAACAACAUGCUGGUACUAAUCUUGUGUCACAACCAUCUAUUGGACAGCCUGUUGUACCAACAUCGUGCAUUAAUUCACCCACUUUCCCUUUUCACAGUGCCUCUCAACCAUCUGAUUUUGUACCUUCAUGCAUUUCAUCUCGUCAUCCAUUAAUUCCUGGAAAUGAUGCACCUGUGACAACUAGUGUGUCCUUGCCUCCUGUUCAAGGUCGUCCUUAUCUGAGUACUAAUGUUCCAAGACUUAUGGUUCCAGCUCAAAUGAGUACACAGCCUUUACAUACUGGUCAACAUAUGUCAAGGUCAACAUCACAAAAGUUUGUGAAAUAUACUGAUCAUUCAACUGGUGCAAAUACUUCAGAAAUUCCUGUCACGGUAAGUGGGCAAAGACCACUAACUCCAUCAGUGCAGACAACAAGAACGUGUCAAAAAAAAAAUAUGAUUCCGUCGUCUGCUGUGCCAAAGUCAUACAGUUCUCAAAAGACUUCUCAAGUGAGUUCUGGUAUUAAUAAAUUACCAUCUACAACCAAUGUCACAAAUUUAAAGACUUCUAGAAAUGUGAAUCCAGCCACAUCUGCUGUUGGAAGUUCACAAAACUCACGAUUACAUGAAACAAACCAUGACAAACUUUUACAUACAACACAAUCCCAAGAAUACAUUUCCUCACAUGAAAAGGCAAUUAAUGACAUAAGAGGAAAUGUUUGGAGACUGGGGAAAAGAAAGCAGAGUGACGGUAGUCAAGGUUCAAGGUCAUCUUUAAAUCCUAAUAUCUCAACAUCUGUUGUCUUUAGUACCCCUAUACGGAUAAAGACUGAAGCAAGUGAGGAAUCGGGACCUCCAAAGAGAAGAAGACCUCAAAAAGACAAACCAGUCGUGAUAACGAUAAGUGAUUCCGACUCUGACUGAAAGUUGUGUUGUCAGAAAAAUGUACACUGAAGUUUGUCAAAUCACUCGGAUUGAAUGUUGUGUUGUCAUAAGUACACAGAAGCUUGGGACAAGAAUGCUUAAAACUUAACAUAUGAUUGUUUGUAUGGUAACAACUGAAAAUGAAUGAUAUGGUUUUGUGUGGAAACAAUUACACAAGUCAUGGUUUUGUAUGGUAACAAUUAAACAAGUCAUGGUUUUUGUAUGGUUACAAUUAUACAAGUCAUGGUUUUGUACGGAAACAAUUAAAUAAGUCAUGUUUUUGUAUUGUAACAAUUUACAAGUCAUGCAAGUUGUGUACCUUUUUAUUGUAAACCAAUAGUGCAGUUAAAGGAUAUUUAUCUUGUGCUUACAAUUCAGUGCUGAAAAUCUAAGAAUGAAAAUUUUACCAUUUUCAUUAUUUGGGAUUU